GGCCGGCUGCGGCUGCGGGCACCGCAUCAGCCUGCUCAACCCUUUAAAUUUACCAUUUCCGAGUCCUGUGAUCGGAUUAAGGAAGAGUUUCAGUUUUUGCAGGCUCAAUACCACAGUCUGAAGCUGGAAUGUGAGAAGCUCGCCAGUGAGAAGACCGAGAUGCAGCGGCACUAUGUCAUGUAUUACGAAAUGUCCUAUGGGUUGAAUAUAGAAAUGCACAAGCAGGCAGAGAUUGUCAAGCGGCUGAAUGCUAUCUGCGCGCAAGUCAUUCCUUUCCUGUCCCAAGAGCACCAGCAACAAGUGGUGCAGGCUGUGGAACGGGCCAAGCAGGUGACCAUGGCAGAACUGAACGCCAUCAUCGGGCAGCAACAACUCCAGGCUCAGCAUUUGUCACAUGGACAUGGUCUGCCAGUACCGCUAACGCCGCACCCGUCGGGGCUUCAGCCGCCUGCCAUCCCGCCCAUUGGCAGCAGUGCCGGGCUUCUGGCCCUCUCCAGUGCCCUGGGAGGUCAGUCCCAUCUUCCAAUUAAAGACGAGAAGAAGCACCACGACAAUGAUCACCAAAGAGACAGAGACUCCAUCAAGAGCUCCUCGGUAUCCCCAUCAGCCAGUUUCCGAGGCUCUGAGAAGCACAGAAACUCUACUGACUACUCCUCAGAGAGCAAAAAGCAGAAGACUGAAGAAAAGGAAAUUGCAGCUCGUUAUGACAGUGACGGCGAGAAGAGUGAUGACAAUUUGGUGGUGGACGUUUCCAAUGAGGACCCAUCCUCCCCCCGAGGGAGCCCGGCACAUUCCCCUCGAGAGAACGGCCUGGAUAAGACUCGCCUCCUCAAGAAGGAUGCCCCUAUCAGCCCCGCCUCCAUCGCAUCUUCCAGCAGUACUCCUUCCUCCAAAUCCAAAGAACUUAGCCUUAAUGAAAAAUCUACUACUCCUGUGUCCAAGUCCAAUACCCCUACUCCACGAACGGAUGCACCCACCCCAGGCAGUAACUCCACUCCCGGACUGAGGCCUGUGUCUGGAAAACCACCAGGAGUGGACCCCUUGGCAUCCAGCCUGAGGACCCCCAUGGCUGUCCCUUGUCCAUAUCCAACCCCAUUCGGAAUUGUGCCCCACGCCGGGAUGAAUGGGGAGUUGACAAGCCCUGGAGCCGCCUACGCCGGGCUGCACAACAUCUCCCCGCAGAUGAGUGCCGCCGCUGCUGCUGCUGCUGCCGCGGCUGCCUAUGGAAGAUCACCAGUGGUGGGGUUUGAUCCGCACCAUCACAUGCGUGUGCCAGCGAUACCUCCAAACCUGACAGGCAUCCCAGGAGGAAAGCCAGCCUACUCCUUUCACGUUAGUGCGGAUGGUCAGAUGCAGCCGGUCCCCUUCCCCCCUGAUGCCCUCAUUGGACCUGGAAUCCCCCGACAUGCUCGCCAGAUCAACACACUCAACCACGGGGAGGUGGUGUGCGCGGUCACCAUCAGCAACCCCACGAGGCACGUGUACACGGGCGGCAAGGGCUGCGUCAAGGUGUGGGACAUCAGCCACCCUGGCAACAAGAGUCCCGUCUCCCAGCUGGACUGUCUGAAUGAAAAAUCUACUACUCCUGUGUCCAAGUCCAAUACCCCUACUCCACGAACGGAUGCACCCACCCCAGGCAGUAACUCCACUCCCGGACUGAGGCCUGUGUCUGGAAAACCACCAGGAGUGGACCCCUUGGCAUCCAGCCUGAGGACCCCCAUGGCUGUCCCUUGUCCAUAUCCAACCCCAUUCGGAAUUGUGCCCCACGCCGGGAUGAAUGGGGAGUUGACAAGCCCUGGAGCCGCCUACGCCGGGCUGCACAACAUCUCCCCGCAGAUGAGUGCCGCCGCUGCUGCUGCUGCUGCCGCGGCUGCCUAUGGAAGAUCACCAGUGGUGGGGUUUGAUCCGCACCAUCACAUGCGUGUGCCAGCGAUACCUCCAAACCUGACAGGCAUCCCAGGAGGAAAGCCAGCCUACUCCUUUCACGUUAGUGCGGAUGGUCAGAUGCAGCCGGUCCCCUUCCCCCCUGAUGCCCUCAUUGGACCUGGAAUCCCCCGACAUGCUCGCCAGAUCAACACACUCAACCACGGGGAGGUGGUGUGCGCGGUCACCAUCAGCAACCCCACGAGGCACGUGUACACGGGCGGCAAGGGCUGCGUCAAGGUGUGGGACAUCAGCCACCCUGGCAACAAGAGUCCCGUCUCCCAGCUGGACUGUCUGAACAGGGAUAACUACAUCCGCUCCUGUAGAUUGCUCCCUGAUGGUCGCACCCUAAUUGUUGGAGGGGAAGCCAGUACUCUGUCCAUCUGGGACCUGGCAGCUCCGACCCCGCGCAUCAAAGCAGAGCUGACGUCCUCGGCCCCUGCCUGCUACGCCCUGGCCAUCAGCCCCGACUCCAAGGUCUGCUUCUCCUGCUGCAGCGAUGGCAACAUCGCCGUGUGGGACCUGCACAACCAGACGCUGGUGAGGCAAUUCCAGGGCCACACGGACGGAGCCAGCUGUAUUGACAUUUCUAAUGAUGGCACCAAGCUCUGGACAGGUGGCUUGGACAACACCGUCAGGUCCUGGGACCUGCGUGAGGGGCGGCAGCUGCAGCAGCACGACUUCACCUCGCAGAUCUUUUCUCUGGGCUAUUGUCCAACUGGAGAGUGGCUUGCAGUGGGGAUGGAGAACAGUAAUGUGGAAGUGUUGCAUGUCACCAAGCCAGACAAAUACCAGUUGCAUCUUCACGAGAGCUGUGUGCUAUCCCUCAAGUUUGCCCACUGUGGCAAAUGGUUUGUGAGCACUGGAAAGGACAACCUUCUGAACGCCUGGAGGACACCUUAUGGGGCCAGCAUAUUCCAGUCCAAAGAAUCCUCAUCGGUGCUUAGCUGUGACAUCUCUGUGGAUGAUAAAUACAUUGUCACUGGCUCUGGAGAUAAGAAGGCCACAGUCUAUGAAGUUAUUUAUUAAGGACAAAUCUUCAUGCAAGCUGGACUCCUCCUCCUCGUAGCACUUUGCGCUCUCAUCUUUUGGGUUUUUCUUUUUCUGGUCACUCCCUACCCUUGCAUCUAAAACUAAGGAUUUCCAAUACUCAUUGCAGUUGUGGAGUUUAAUUCCCCUCCUUAACCCCACUUCCUCCUUGCUAUUGAAUUGUGAAUACUCUUAAGAACCUGUGAUACCAAAUCUUCAGCUGUCUAUUCGGAAGAACAUGGAAUAAGCAUACUUAACAGUGAACGGAAUCUUUAAUUAUGUAUUAUAUUUGUAAUAUAUUUAUUUUGUUUAAAGAAGGCUUUCUAACAAUGACUGACUAAAUAAAGCUGUCUGCUCCUGCAUUGAUAACGAAGGUGCGUUGUAUUUGAUACAUUUCCUCCCCUUUUUUUGGUAAAGGAGGGGAAAGGAAGGUUUAAAAUAAUUGAUUAAAAAUGUCACUAAAUGUAGACUAUUGACUGUAUAGAGAUGUGAAAUGUAUAAUUACACAAGGAAGCAAUAUGUUGCUGUGUUACUAGGGGUUUUUUGUUUCUGUUUUCUACUUAUUUUAAAGAUAUUUGGAAAUCUGGCUGAACAAUUAGAACAUGACAGGCCAAGUCCUAUUCAUUUGAGUCUAUUUUGACAACUUUAAUCAAUAUACCUAUAGCUUUAGAUGAUACUCGAUACGAGUUAAUUGGACAUUUUUCUUUUUCCUUUUUUUGACUUGUUGACAAGUGUCUUUGUAAUAUGUUUUUAAUUCCCUUUUUAAAUUGUAUUAUAGACAGAUGAACAGGUUAAAUUGGGCCUCAAAGAGAGAACUUAAUCCCUCGUGGAUAUUUUUGCCACCUUUCUUUGCAAAAGGAGAUGUGUAUCUGGGCAGUUUUGUUGUUCUGAGAAUUACGGGCUAUUUUGUGGCGUGCUCUUUGGGAGCUGCACAGAUACAGGAAGGACUCCUACCGCUGUGCGAGUCAAGCCUUUCAUAAAACAAGGACAGCGGAGGAGGGUGUGCGAGACCUCCCUCCGGAAAAUACAAAAGAACGGACUCGGUCCCAGGCUGAGGACUGCUUUCUUUACCUCCGGUUCUUUCCAUGUCUUAGUUGGAUGUCCCUGAAGUGGACACAGGCUGUGCCAUUGUGCCAGAAACAUUGUGUUAUCUUUUAUGUUGUUGUUGUUGCUGUUAAACUAUAAUAUGUGACUCCUUUUUUUUUAUUAUUUUUUUGUUUGUUUGAAUGCUUUAAAAAAAAAUCUUUUAAGUCUGUGGAUCUGCUGAUGUACAGUGCCUUUGCUGCUAUGGAUCAAAAUCAAAAGAACCGUGUAGAUAAACUUUAUUGUAUACGUAGAAAAAUAAUUUCAUACUAGAAAUGGAUGGAGGCUGCAAGUCGAAAUGGACUGUCCAUUGACGUUCCUAAUGUGGUAGCAGAAAAAGAUGGUGUCUUAAGUGCUUAGUGUUUGAUGUCAUUAACAGUUUCGUAAGACUCUACAGUGUAGAAAGAUUUUGAUACUAAACUGUGCAUUGUACAUAGUUCUAAUGCGUUGUAUUGACCACCAGUACUUCUAUAAUGGUAGAUUGUUUGUGCAUUCAGACUUUUCGGCAUUAAACAUAAAUAACUUCUAGUAUG